AUGGAACUUAACCUGGAAAACCUGGAUAUAGUCAAGAAAUAUUAUGUAGAUUUAGUUGCCCUUAAAGAAGUGAGAUGGCCAGGACCUGGACAUCUCAAAUCAGAUAAUAUGACAAUAUUUUACAGUGGAAGCGGUAAUGGAAGACACGAACACGGAGUAGGUUUUAUUGUAAAAGAGUCCUUAGUAAAACCAGUAAAGAAAUUCGAAGCAGUUGAUGAUCGACUAUACUAUAUACUAAUUGAAGGGAAACCCUCUAAUAUAGCAAUAAUUAACUGUUAUGCACCAACUGAAACAGCAGAUAACGAUUAUAAAGACUCUUUCUACGAUAAUCUAGAAAGAGUAUAUGACAUGAUACCCAGUAGCUACAUAAGAAUUCUAAUUAGAGACCAAAAUGCUCAAGUAGGGCAUAAGAGAUACAAAUCUAGUGUUAGACAAGUGAGAAGUUAUAGAGGAGCUGAAGUCAUAUCAUCAUUUAGAACCAAACUGGCUAAUAGUUGGAAGCAGAAAAAACUAAAAGGUAGAACCCGCCUGAAAAUAGAAAACACUAAGGAUCGAGAAAAAGUGAAAUCAUACCGAGAAAUACUAAAUAAUGAACUAAUGAAAAUACCUCAAAAUACAGACCAAAACCUUGAAGAAACUUGGAAAAUAGUUAAAGAUUCAAUAAACAAAUCAGCUGAAGAAGCUAUAGAAAGACGUGCAGAAGCAAGAUUAAAAAUUAUGCAAGACCCAUCUCCUGACAAUAUAGAAGAAUUUGUUAAAAACAAAAAAGCCGCAAGCAAAAUAUUGGGACAGGAAAAAAGAGAAGCGGAAAAAAGGAUUUAUUCAAAAAAUAGAAGAACAUAG